UCGUGUUGUUCGGAUUCGAGCAAGUUCUCGUCCGUUUGAAGCCUAACGAGUGCCGCCCGGGCCUGGCUGCGCGCCUCACGCCAACUGCACGCACUGUCGCCUCCUUUAUACCCUCAUACUUAUCCUUUCUUCUUACGACACCUUACUCAGUUUGAUUAUACAUCGAUCAUGCUUCGUGCAGGCCACAGAACACAUCCCGGAGACAUCUUGGCUAUCUGAGUGCAUGUUCGAAUUCCGAACCAUCAAUCACGAAAAUUGCCAGCGCCAGGCCGAUCGCAUAGACCCUCUUACUCCGUACAUCGUCCACUAUGUUGUCGACAAUGGUGCGCCCGGAAGAUACCAUCAGGAUGCCCUUCGCCUACCGUGGCGACGUGGACAAUGACGACAAUGGCAGACAAUCUUUGGAACAGAGCCUACCGGUCUCGCUCGUACCAGCCUCGUUGGUGCCUGCUGCAUUGGUGCCUGCCUCCAGAAUUGAUGCACCGGCUAAAAGUGAGGAUGAGGUAACACUUGUCAGUGGAACCGCAGGCGACGGCAAUGGCACUACAGGCAAACAUCCACCAGGACCCCGCUUGUUAACAACCGAGGAGACAAUCGAGCUGGCCCGCCGGGCGGUUGAGAAUGGAAUCCAAGAAACAAAACGCUCGCUUGCUGGAAGUGAAGCAGUCACCGAUGUAGUGAAGCCGAAGUUAACAAUCGACUUGGGUCACUCCAACAUUUCUCGUAUUCCUGAGUCAGUCGUGGAUACCAUCAAGGACGAAGUUGAGCGACUCUCGCUAUCCAAUAACCAGUUGGUUCACAUACCCUAUCGAUUCGCAGAGUGUCGUCAUCUACGAUAUCUCAACAUCCGGGCAAACAGUUUCCGUGAAUUUCCCAAAGGAGUCUAUAAGCUGCCGCUUCUCGAAAUUCUAGACAUCAGUCGCAACAAAAUCAGCCACCUUCCGGAAGAGAUCAAAAAGCUCUCCUCUCUUAGGGUUCUUUCGGUAAUGCAAAACCGCCUCGACGACUUACCACUCGGGAUCUCCGACAUGAACAAGCUUCAAAUCCUCAAAGUUGCUGGCAACCCCUUACGAUACCCCCUACGACGACUCCUCGAAAGCUCUGAAACAGAAUUUGCCCCCUCGAGCUUGACUGACAACGAGAAGGAGGUGGCAGUAACCGCUGAGCUUAAAAGAUUCUUGAAGACAAAACAGCCUGUUGCGCCCUUGGAAAUUGAGAAAUAUGACCCGAGGGCUUUUAGCGAGGGCAUGCUUGAUACUCCCAAACCUCUUAAGCGUGGAAUGAGCAGUCGAUUCCCUGUGAUUCCCAGUACUGGCGACAGUGCCUCCGACCCCAAGUCACCCUCGUUAGGUCGACCACCGCCAAUUCCAAUGAAGUCCCACUAUCGCAUCGCUUCGGGGCACAACCCUGCCUUCCACGGUGCCGUACUACAGCGUCCAGGGGCGAAACCCUAUGGUGCGUACAAUGAGCGCAAUCGAAGCAACAGCGAAGGCAUUAUCCAAGCCUCUCUCGCAGCGCGCAACAAGCGGAUGGGAGUCAUUCGGAAGAACACAGACCUUGGAACUCUCGACGAGACACGUCCCUAUCGGAAUAGCCAUCUGCGAGGCUUGAGCUACGGCUCGAUUCUUCGUACCAGGCCAUCUGGCGCCCUAUCUAGCAGCAAUUCUUCCAGUCCCAGCAGCCCAAGGGAGCGCAGGCGCUUGAAGGACGGGUUUGUGAAUCGAAUGUCGAGUUUACCGGAACAAAAGGCAGAGAAAGUGACAGCCGAGCCCAUUAUCGCAAGCGCAAAGUGCAUUCUAUUCGCUCUCUUCCAGAUUCAAUCCAAUGUCACGUCCUUGAUAAGCGUCAUCAAGCGUGAAGACGCCCGUCGAAAUAGCCUCGAGAUUGUCUUUUACAAUGCUUCUACUCAUGUCGAUCGCCUCAACGAGGCUAUCGAGAACGCAGAACACUCUCAAUUUGAGGAAGCCGACGUGGCACGGUUGGCCAACGAGGCUGUCAAGCGAGAAUGUGAGACAUGCAUUAUCGCCUACACACACGUCGGCACACAGUUACGAAACAGUAUUGACAAAAUAGUCACGAACGGCGAGUCGUGCUAUGUGCGUUCUCUGAUUCUCAUGAUAUUCGGUAGCAUGGUUGAAUUGCGCAAUGCGUGUGCACAUCUUGGAGUGCCCAUCGAAAAGGGCCUCAAACCAGCUGCGAAAUUGCCUGUUCCAGAAAUUAGGGAGUCCGCAGGUCCGGACCGGUUUCUGGGGCCAACCGUGACACCAACAAGGGGAAGAGACCAGUCGUUUUCGACACGACGCUACCGAAGUGACACAACAAUCCAGUACCCUCAGAUUGUUAUGAAUGGUCCUUUCCACGCAGCAUCGCAAUACCAGUCUGCCGUCAGUUCACCAGGGUUUGCCCCGACGCCAUUCAGUCUCGCCACACGGAGUCGGUCCAGUAGCAGAUCCAACCACAUCAAUACUUCCAUACCGUCAUCACUGGCAACCCCUCGCUCGGGCGAGUCAUUCCCUGCGAUCCCUAGCUCUGUUAUACCUCGAAUCAGUCCGAUGACUGGACUAGAUGAGAUCGAAGAAGAGCGCAUUUUCGAGAGAAUCUUCGGUCAGCUCAACUCGGCAUGUAGCGCUGCUCUCCAGGGAUUGCCUGUGGCAUUUGCUCAACUGGUGCGAUGUCUCGAACUAGCUGAGCAAACGCGGAAGUCAGAGGGUAUCGUCAUGCUUUGGAAAAAUCUCAUCCACCGCUGUCAGGUGUGUCUGGAUGUCUCAGAGGGCUUAGGCUCAAGGCUGUCCAACAUGAAGGUGAAGGAGCCUGGUGGUGGAACCCGGAACACGCGCGAGUUCUGGCAACACUGCAAGGCAUUUUUGCAGUCUUUCGUAGACCUUGUCAUUGACAUGAAGGAGGUUCGAAAUAUGAAAAUUCUCCCCAACGACAUUGUUAACAUGCUUCGUCCCAUCCAGAGGUCGAGCAGAGAAGCCGGACGUAUGAUCGAUGCGUCGCCCUGGUCUUUUCUUGCAGAUAACCCCAGCAAUCCAACUCCUAACAUAUACGGUCCUCCUUUGCAGGCUCAUCAUUCUCAGCACCAGACCUCGGUAUCGACGACGAACACAUUUCAUCAUGGCCCUAAUUUAUCGCCAUCGGUCCAUCUUCCUGCAACACCUCUAAGUGCCGCACUCGGUCCCGCUGCGCAGGCGACCGUUCCCUCUACCCCUGCCAGUGCAUACAGCGACAAGUUUUUCGAAGGGGAUGUCUUCCAAAGAGCCGACUCUUUGCUCUCGAUGCCUAACCAAGCCCCAUUUUUCGCCCGUCGCUGAACAGGAGUCUUCAUCAUCAACUUUCUCCGGUCUUCGUAUCCACUGCGAUAAACCGAUGCUUUGACAGCUGGUUUCACGUGGCCACAAACUUGCGUUAUUUAUGGCUCAGUGAACAAUUACGACAUGAUUCAAUGUGCAGUAUCACCUCUUCUUACUCUUACAUGCUUUCCACGAUCUUCCAGACAUCCUUUGUAACCCUAUUUGUGUCGCAUAUUUGAAUGUUCUUCUACACAGACACCAGGAAUACGGGGGCACAUCGACUCGGGA